AGGGCCUCGCCCAGCUGCGGGGGCGCCGGGAACGUGGCGUUCGCGAGGUGCCUGUGCUCAGCGAGCCGCGGAGGGGAGGAGCAGUCCCGGCUGAGCGCGGCCUGGGGCCAAGUGCGUCCAGGGCGGAGGGUGACGCGAGGCUGUUUGUGCCGGAGGAAUCACUUUUUAAGCGCUGCUUUGGGAGCGUCGCGCAAACCCGGUGCAAACCCCGGAGCUCACAGAGUGAGUCAGCGGGGCCGGAGCAGGGGCAGAGCGAAAGGUGGGCGAGGAGGCGCAUCGCACCCCGAGGCCCGCGUGGGAGGCGAGGAGCACUCGGUGGCGACUCGGGGUACCCCUAGCGGCUGCCCCCUCCUCAACCCGACAGGUGAGCAGCGGGCUGGACUCGAGGCGGAGUCCGCCGUCCCCACGGGCCACUCUCCGGGUGCCACUAGCAGCAGCACGCAGGUUACAUCUGGGUGUUGGCACCCAGCUGCUCCUCUGCCAAUGAAGUACAUCCUGGUCACUGGCGGGGUCAUCUCGGGCAUUGGAAAAGGGAUCAUCGCGAGCAGCAUCGGGACAAUUCUGAAAUCCAGUGGACUCCGAGUGACUGCUAUCAAAAUUGACCCCUAUAUUAACAUUGACGCAGGCACUUUUUCACCCUAUGAGCAUGGUGAAGUGUUUGUCUUAAACGAUGGUGGAGAAGUUGAUUUAGACCUUGGAAAUUAUGAAAGAUUCUUGGAUAUUAAUCUUUAUAAGGACAACAACAUCACCACUGGAAAGAUCUAUCAGCAUGUGAUCAAUAAAGAGAGGCGUGGUGACUUCCUGGGGAAAACAGUACAAGUUGUCCCUCACAUUACUGAUGCUGUCCAGGACUGGGUUAUGAAUCAAGCCAUGGUGCCUGUGGAUGGUCAUAAGGAAGAGCCCCAAAUAUGCGUUAUAGAGCUGGGUGGCACCAUCGGAGACAUUGAAGGAAUGCCAUUUGUCGAAGCCUUCAGGCAGUUCCAGUUCAAGGCAAAAAGAGAGAAUUUCUGUAAUAUCCAUGUUAGCCUUGUUCCUCAGCCCAGUGCCACCGGAGAGCAAAAAACCAAACCUACACAGAACAGUGUCCGAGCGCUGAGGGGGUUAGGCCUGUCUCCAGAUCUGAUUGUCUGCCGAAGUUCGAAGCCCGUCGAAAUGGCUGUGAAGGAAAAGAUUUCCAUGUUUUGUCAUGUCAACCCUGAACAGGUGAUAUGUAUCCAUGACGUUUCAUCCACAUACCGAGUGCCUGUGCUUUUGGAGGAACAAGGCAUUGUUAAAUAUUUCAAAGAGAGACUGGAUCUGCCCAUUGGUGAUUCUGCAAGUAAUUUGCUUUUCAAAUGGAGAAAUAUGGCUGACAGGUACGAGAGGUUACAGAAAACCUGCUCCAUAGCCCUGGUUGGCAAAUACACCAAGCUCAGGGACUGCUACGCCUCGGUGUUCAAAGCCCUAGAACACUCAGCCUUGGCCAUCAACCACAAGUUGAAACUGAUGUACAUAGACUCCAUUGAUCUGGAGCAGACCACCAAAUCUGAGGACCCUGUGAGAUUCCAUGAAGCUUGGCAGAAGCUCUGCAAGGCUGACGGUGUUCUUGUGCCAGGAGGCUUCGGAAUCAGAGGAACGUUGGGAAAACUGCAGGCGAUUUCUUGGGCAAGGUCGAAGAAGAUUCCUUUUCUGGGAGUUUGCCUUGGGAUGCAACUAGCAGUGAUCGAGUUUGCAAGGAACUGCCUUGACUUGAAAGAUGCCGAUUCCACGGAAUUUGAGCCAAAUGCCCGUGUUCCUGUGGUGAUUGAUAUGCCCGAACACCACCCCGGCAACUUGGGAGGAACAAUGAGGCUGGGAAUGAGAAGAACCGUUUUCAAGACUGAGAAUUCAAUAUUAAGAAAACUUUACGGUGAUGUUCCUUUUAUAGAAGAAAGACACAGACAUCGGUAUGAGGUGAACCCUAAGCUGAUCAACCAAUUUGAGAAGAAAGAUUUAAAUUUUGUAGGUCAGGAUGUCGAUGGGGAGAGGAUGGAAAUCAUUGAACUGGCAAAUCACCCUUAUUUUGUUGGCGUCCAAUUCCAUCCUGAGUUUUCUUCUAGGCCGAUGAAGCCUUCCCCGCCAUACCUGGGCCUACUGCUUGCGGCAACUGGGAAUCUGAAUGCCUACCUACAACAGGGGUGCAAACUGUCUUCCAGUGAUAGAUACAGCGAUGCCAGCGAUGACAGCUUCUCAGAGCCAAGGCUAGAGGAGUUGGAAAUAAGCUGAAACUAACGCGUGACUCGGGGUACCGGGGACGGCCCAAGUGGCCUCUGAAGUAACUGAAGCCAAGGUGAAGGAACCAUCUGAAGGAAUCGUCCAGUUUUCUCGAAUCACUCUGUUCUCCACUCAACCUGGGAUGUCGAGCAUCUGAGGGAACCUGCUAGACCCCACUUCCACGAACCAGGACCAGAGGGGUCCUGUCCCUCCCCCUGCACAGGUGGCCUUUGCUUCCCACAACAUUCCGUAGCUGAUUAAACUUUUCCCAAUAACCUCGCUGAGGAGAAAGUGUGUUGGUGUUUUGCCCGGCGUGUGAUGACUGAGUCCUCGAAGUGCUGCAAGGGAAGGGUCGUGGGGCAGCUGCUAUUACUAAUUUUGAGCCAGAAAUGAGUUAUUCUGUUAGCUGGAGUCAAGCACAGAUUUGUGUAUGGCCCCAGCUUAUUUCAGUUUCUCACCCAGUUUAUUUCUGGUUAAAAGUAAAACUAAAGAGUUGAUCCAAGUGAAAGAUGACAAGUCAGGCCCUUACUUCAGGCACUGAACUCGGGGAACAUUAAUACACCACAGGAAUCCAGAAGAGAUAGAUCUAUAUUAAGGUGAAAUUCAGCUAACACAGAAUUAAUCCCUUUCAAAGGAAUAAUUCAAUGGUAUUAGGUAUAUUUACAAUGUUAUGCAACUGCCACCUUCAUCUACUUCCGAAGCUAUUCCAUCACUUGAAAAUAAAUUCCCCAACCCAUGGGCACUCACUCUCUAUUUCUCCCUCCUCCCUCCCAGCCCCUGGUACCCACUAAUCUCCUUUCAUUUUGAUGGAUUUAUCUAUUCUGGACAUUUAAUAUAAGAAGAAUCAUACAACGUGUGACGUUUCUAUGUUUGAGUCAUUGCACUCAGCAUCAUGUUUUCAACAUGCGUGCAUGCCAUAGCAUCUAUGAGUACUUCAUUCCUUUUGUACGACUGAAUAAUAUUCCACUAAAUGGCUAUAAGAUGAUUUGUUUCUCCAUCUGCUGAUGGACAUUUGAGUGGUUUCCACAUUUGUCUGUUAGAGUAAUGCUGCUGUGAACAUUCAUGUGUAAAUAUUUUUUGAGUACCUGUUUUUAAUUCUUUGAAGUAUAUACCUAGGCGUGGAAUUCCUGGGUUAUCUG